UGGACCAUGUCUUUUUUAAUAAUAUAUUGUCGAUGCCAUGAGCAAUGUCAAAAAUUAUUUUGCUUUGUUUAGGUUAUCUGUCAUUUAUCUGUUUUAAAAUUUACUUAGAUUAUUGAAUUACGUUCGAGACUAUAUUCUAAAAUCAGGAUGAACAUCGCUAAAGACGAUGAUGAAUUUNNGUUCAGCAGCGAAAAGCGAUCAUUCUGCUUCGAAAACAAUGAAGUGGAUCAGCUGUUCGGAGUAUCGAAGAACGAAACUGAAAAAUUGUGGGCCGGAAUCUCAGAUAGAUCGCUUUCUGAAAGUAGUUUUAGAUGUACCGAUGAUCUUCAAACAACAAAACCAUUGUUCUCGAUCAUAUCUGAAAAGACACUUUCAUGCAUUUUAGCUGCGGACAAGUUACAGGAUAUAAAUACAAAAACAGCUGUUGAGCAGCCAGACAUAACUUUGAGAAAGAUAUUGCUUGGUCAGCCAUACACAUUAGAACAAUACAAGUCUCUUGCUAGCAAAACUGCCUUAUUAGAUGCCGCUAUUUUAAGUGGAGAUGGAAAUGCUGUUUUAAUAAUAAUUUUAUUUCUUACAAAGACUUUGAAACGGUCAUUUGUGCAAAGAUUAUUAGUAGAGAGACCAGAAGCAGUAAAUAUAUAUAUACAUUAUCUUUUUAUAAGACUGCAAACAAGUGAAAUAACUGAUAUUUUAACAAUGCUGGGUCAUUCCUCGAUUGCUGCUAUGAAGAAUCUUCAUAUUAUUAUAAAGAACACAAGAGACCCAAACAGAUUGCUGCAAAAACUUCAUAAUUGCCAGAAAGCACAUUUUGCCAUGUUACCUGAUUGUAAAGAAGUCAUAUUUUUGGAAUCUUACAUUAAGUUAUUGGAAUGGCAAAUAGCAAUCAACCAGAAAAAGGACAAUGAAGAGUUCCCAUUAAAUUCUUCUAUUCGAGAAUCUCUGCAUUAUGCAUGCAAACAUCAUUACAAUACACCGAACACAUUUGUCGCAAUAUCACCUAUAACGCUCUCUCGAGACCAUGACAUUUCUCCUAGACUAUAUCAAAAAAUCGCUAUACAAGUUAAAGCUGCCUAUGGUGGAUGGGACGAUAUCGAUCGUUUACUUUUAACAAAAGGAAUACUUGGUAAUACAAAGCUACAAACACAUUUGCAUAUAGAAGAUAUUUUGAAAAUACUGUAUGAACACAAUGCACCAUGCACCAUACUCGAAAAGUAUUUGAAAUUUGUCGACGAUUUAGAGAAACGAUUGGAGAUGGCAAAGAAAUUAUCUUGCCAUACAAUAGUAAUCGAUAUAUAUAUACAACAAGGGGACCGAAUGAUGCUGGUGGAUUACAAAGCAAAAUUGCAACCUCAAUCGGAAGAAUAUUUUUAUGCCGAAAGCGCGUUACAUUUACCACACGUCAAAUGGAAAAGUUAGGUCUGUUGAACAUGUAAUUAAUAAACAUGAAAAAUAAUAUAU